CGGGGACGCGCACGUCGCUGUCAGAGUUCCUUCCAGCAGGAAAUACAGACGGCCAGUGGAUGUGUCAAAUCGCUUCACCAUCCUUAUAAACUGAACAGUUUCAUUUGAAAAAAAAAAAUGUCCAAGAAAAUGCCGGUUGCACGAUCAAGAACCUGAACAUGGACUAAAGGAUAAACCACCACUGUUUUGUUUUCACCUGCAACGAUGCGGAACCCACAAGCAAGCUUGUUAGCUAAAGUAGCAAACCACCCUGUCUGUUAGCUAACACUGCUAUAUAGGUAGCUAGCCAGCAAACAAGCUAAUCAAAUUCGUGGUCGUGGACGUUUGUUUUGUUCAACUCAUCUUUUCAACUCCGACACGUCCAAUAAGUAAUUCUCACUGGAUGUUAUUUGUCCAUUUUGAUUACAUUGGUUCGUUUCGAUUCACAUAACGGAAGAAGCAGUUCUUGAACCGGAGCUGUGGGGGGGCCGCGGACAAGACCCCCCUGGGCGUCCAGGCGGACUCCGCAAGCAGCCACGCGGGACGUGGACAGCGCCAGCAGUGAGGAGCAGCCAUGGCUGAGAUCUCCGCCCUCACCCCUUCUCCUCCAGGCAUGGGCGACCCCUCCCUCCCUCCUGCCCCCUCCUCUCCCCACGCCCUGCCCAGCCUGCCCCCCUCAGAGUCCCCGAAACAGGCCCUCAUUCCGAAGUCCGCCUUGUACGGCGAUCGUGCCACAAUGGGAACCCCGUCUUCCCCGACAACGAGCACAGAGAUCCCCACACGCUCACCGCAAGCGUCCAUGUUGGCGGGUGUAAGCAUCCCUGAAGCACCUCCGCUCUCUGUCACCAACGAGACAGCUGUCCCCCAGCCUGCGGAAGGCGCCGUGCCCCCCAGUGAAGAGAGUCGUGGGCCGGGCAGCACUGAGCAGGCGGGCAGCUUCGAGAUCCCGGGCGUGGCAGGGGGGGCGUCAGUGGACCCGGGGCAGAAGGAGACCGCUCCCUCCCCUGACGUUAAUCCCAGCCCUAAUCUCUACCCCAGUGUCCACAUCAACCCCACGAGUGCUAAUCCCGCUCCGGGGGAGAGCCAGCCCCCCUCCAAGCCCACUGCUCAGACCCCCCAUGAGGUGGCAGCAGCAGCAGCAGCCCCCUCCAGCACCUCUGCCCCUCCUCCCUCCUCCUCCUCCUCCAGUGCCCUCAAAGACUCUACCCAAAGUCAGACCAGCGCCUCUGCACCGACAGCAGGAGCACAAGCAGCAGCAGCACCAGCCGCUCCCUCACAAGCACUGCCUCCCCCGCCGCCUCCACAAAAUGCCAAGCCACGGGACGCCACCACCCCCUCAAACCCUUAUCCUGCCCCUGGACCCAAACCGGCCUCUCCCGCCACACCAGGUGCCUCCAAACAGGCCCUGGAGCCCCCGGGAACCCCGCCCUGGUCGGAGCCCCCCGCCCUGGUGGUCCAGGAGUCGGGCCCCAUGCUGCCCCUGCCGUCGUCGAGGCAGGCCCCGGACACGAUGAGCUACCUGGAGUCGGCCAGCCUGAUGUCGGGCACGCUGGAGUCGCUGUCGGGGCUGGGCGAGGACGGCAGCUCGGUGGGCUCCGACUCGGAGAUCAACGGCCUGGUCAUGCGCCGCACCGACAAGUACGGCUUCCUGGGCGGCGCGCAGCACUGCGAGGCCAGUGAGAAGGAACUCCGAGUGGAGGUGGCGCGACAGAGAGAGAUGAAAUGGCUAGACAUGUUCAACCACUGGGACAAAUGGGUCAUCCGGCGCUUCCAGAAGGUGAAGCUGCGCUGCAGGAAAGGAAUCCCGUCCUCGCUCAGAGCCAAAGCCUGGCAGUUGCUCUCCAACAGCAAAGAGCUCCUGGACUCCAACCCUGGGAAAUUUGAUGAGCUGGAGAGAGAGCCGGGAGACCCCAAGUGGCUGGACAUCAUUGAGAAAGACCUGCAUCGCCAGUUCCCCUUCCAUGAGAUGUUUGCUGCGCGUGGAGGACAUGGUCAGCAGGACCUGUACCGGAUCCUGAAGGCGUACACUGUGUACCGGCCAGACGAGGGCUACUGCCAGGCCCAGGCCCCAGUGGCGGCCGUGCUGCUCAUGCACAUGCCUGCUGAGCAAGCCUUCUGGUGUCUGGUGCAGAUUUGUGAGAGAUACCUGCCAGGGUACUACAGCGCAGGACUGGAAGCGAUUCAGCUGGAUGGAGAGAUCUUCUUCUCUUUGCUGCGGCGCGUGUGCCCCAUGGCUUACCGGCACCUGAAGAAGUUCAAGAUCGACCCCAUCCUCUACAUGACCGAGUGGUUCAUGUGCGUCUUCUCCCGCACGCUGCCGUGGUCCUGUGUGCUGCGCGUCUGGGACAUGUUCUUCUGCGAGGGUGUGAAGGUGGUGUUCCGCGUAGGCUUAGUGCUGCUGAAGCAGAUGCUGGGCUCGGUGGAUAAGCUGCGGGAGCUGCAGGGCAUGUACGAGACCAUGGAGCGCCUGCGCAACAUCCCCCCCGAAUCCAUCAAGGAGGACCUGCUCAUACAGGAGGUGAUCACCCUGCCGGUGACGGAGGCUCUGAUCGAGCGCGAGUGCAGCAUCCAGGUGCGUAAGUGGCGCGAGUCCCGUGGCGAGCUCACGCACCAACCUGCCCGCCGUCUCCACGGCACCCGCGCCAUCUACGACCAGAAGCGCCGCGCCGCCUCCAUCAGCUCCGGCGGCAGCCUGUCCUUCCUGGGCGUCGGCGUGCCACCACCGGGCCCCCUGCGCGCCUCCUCCAGCCUGUUGUCCCUCCCAGGCUUCCGUAGGUCCAAGAAUCCCUUCCACUCGCAGCAGAAGAAGGGCUCGCUGUCCGGGCCCUCGGGCAUGGACACCGUGUCCCUCCACGAGUUCUCCACGGGCGGCUCCACGGGCGGCUCCCCGGCCCACUCCGGAGGGCGGCCGCAGGGGAAGCACGGUCCGAGCCCUCUGCUGGUGGGCGCCUCCGCCCAGCCGGCGUCCCAGGUCCCCUCGGAGAACCAGAACCUGGCCACCCUGCCGCCGUCGGGUCAGAACCAGCAGGGGACGCCCUCACGCGCGCUCGCCCCCUCGCCCAAAGUGGUGGCGGAGCAGGUGACCCCCACCCUCCCCUCGCCCACCGCCAACAACGCUCCUCUGCCCCCCUGCCCCGACCCAGCAACUAAACCAGCAAGUGGGGCUGGAGGUGGAGCAGCCUCUGGAGGAGAGGAGGACGGCAAGAAGAAGAAAAGGAGCAAGGAGGAGAAGAAGCGAGAGAAGGAGGAGGAGAAACAGAAGGCCCGCGAGAGGAAGGAGAAGGAGAAGGCCGAGAAGGAGCGGCAGAGGAAGGAGCGAGAGCGAGCGGAGAAGGAGAGAAAGAAAGGCGGCAAAAAGAAGGACAAGGCGGGUGGUGCAGGGGCCGAGGCGGAGGAGAAGAAUGGUGCAGCGGCAGCGCGGGAUUUGGCCUAGUUAACCCCCCCCCCCCCACACACACACACACACACACACACACACACACACACACACACACACACACACACACUCAGAUGUCCGGCCUGGCCACAGGGCUGAAGCCCCGGAGAAGAGGAAUGGGGGGAGGGAAAAAAAGAGGACAAAGGAACAAAAGAACCAUGGAAGGGUGAAGGCAAGAAUGAAAGGAACACGGCUCUCCUGUUGAAACGCUUUUCAUCUCGUCAAAGGCAUCACCAUCAUCAACUGGACCACAUUGCCCAGUCACCCCUGGCUAUGGUCCACCUAUUCACCCCUCCUCUCGCUCCUCUCACUCCCCCUGCCCUUUCCCUUCCUCAUCUCCCUCACACCCCCCCUCUGUUUCCCCCUGGACUGUGUAUCUAUUUCCCAAACCUAUGUUCAGACAUCUUGGAAGGAACCAAGUGUUUGUUCGCCCUCAUAGUCCUAAUCUCAUUUCAUUGGACUGGUUUCAUUUCUGUGGACGUGUGUUUAAUUAUAAUUUACCAUGUGGUGGUUUUCAUGAAGGACUAUGUGCAAAAGGAAUCAAAUUGGACUGUGACAUGUGCUGAAGCUGAGGAGUUUUACAGUGGUGUAUGCCAUAGGCAUGUAUAUAGGUUGAACUCUACAUGGAUGAAGGACCCCCAAUGCCAGCUCAGUGGGUGGUGUCCAGCCAGAACGCCUGAUUAAAAAAAAAAAAGAACAUACUGUAUAACAAAAACUUGGUGAAUCUAUCAGCGGUUGACGUAGCCCUCAAGCCCUCAAGAUAUAAUUCUGGGUGGUCUGUUGAGUUGUCGGAUGUAUUUAUUCUAGAACUGUAGCUCGUAUGUAUGUAUGUAUGUAUGUAUGUAUGUAUGUAUGUAUGUAUGUGUGUGUGCCUUCGUAGAUUAGUAUAGUGUAGUUGGGUCUUGUCUAACUAGUCAAACUGCUCCUGUGUGUCUAUCCGUCUCCCAUGUCCCCCCAUUACUUACGUUGCCCCUUCUUAUUGAAGGUAUUAAAGGGGUGGAUUGGUGGAGCAGAGGAGGUUAAGAGAAUUUCAACAAGGGACAUUUUGAAGUCGACCCAGUGCAUGGUGUUGUCCUGGACUUAUGAAAUUGUGGAUGUGCUCAGUGUUGUCCGGCAAAAAAAAAAAACCAACAAAAAAAAAAAACAUAGGGAAAUAGUCUUUUAACAUUAUUUUAUUUUUGAAGGAGUAUCAUUUUAAUUAUUUUUCUUAUAGUCCGUUUUGACUCGACCCAUGCUUAGCUUAUGUCUCUGUUUACAGAUAGUUUUUUUUUUUUAACUCAAUUGCUUAAUUAAGGGGGGCAAAAAAGAUGUUCCUCCUUAUCACCUCAGGCUACAGAAGAGAGAAGCUUUUUUUUGCCCCCCCCUCGCCUCACCAGUCCCUCUCACUUUUAUGACGAGUGAAGAUGAGGAACUGCCAUUGAUGGGCUCAUUGUUUCUCAUUGGUCAUCAUUGUGUGUACGGUCACUUAGCCACCCCCCGAUCCUGUACUGUAAUGCCAUCAUGGUCGAAUUCGUCUUCAUCUUCAUCUUUUUGGUUUUGAACUGGAAAUUAUGGUCAGGUCUCAUGAGAAUGCAACUGGCUGUUGUUGUUUUUCAAGGAAUGUAUUGUUGAAACAGUGUCCCUGUUUGGAGUUGAACUCUCUCUGGAUACUGGCUUAUCAGGUGAUACAGAGGUUGAUAAAAGGUUGAUAUUAUUUUCUCAUUGUGACGUAAGCAGGAGAGAAGGCAUUGUGGUAUAUUUCAAGCUUGUUUUCCUGGUGAGGCGUGUCCGAGAAAGAUUCAACAGUGUAUCUACAGUUUUUAUUUUGUAAAUACAAAAUGCUAUUUAUAUGGGGGAAGGUUCAUAGUACUCUGUGAGAGGCAAGAGGCUGGUCAGAAAUGUUUGUCAGUGUCCCAGAUAGUGAAGGAUUAGUUUUGAUUUUUGCACUGAACCCUUAAUCGAUAUUGUUAUUAUUAUUAUUAUUACAUUUUGAAUCAGCUGAAGGCCCCCCUCACUAACUAACCACUUCUGUAUCUAAUGCACAGUAUGUUUAUUCAGCUGAACUGUUUGAGUCCUUAACCCAGUGUGCGUUAGGACCCUGUUGUGGUCAGGCUUGGUGCAGCAUUUGUAGCAUUAACUGCCUUCUAACCUUUUGGGUUUGUAAUGUAUCAGUGUAUAAAAUGUGUUAAUUUAAAACAGAUCUGCUAUAUAUUGUAUACUAUUCCUACCCUGAAGCUUACCUAGGAGUUUUUUUGUAUUAUUUUUUAUUUUUUUAUGGCAGCAGAAAGGAUGCCUGCUGGACUGGAAUAUUAGUUGGAAUCUUGUGCUUUUUUGUUUUUGUUGGAUUUUCUUAUUUAUGUUUUUUUUUUUUUUUUUUUUUUCAAAAUCUCACAUUUGUUUGCACAUUCAUAUCCCCAUAAUCUGAUAGAACAAAUCCCCUUUUGUAGAUCAUUAAUUAUGUCCAUGAAUUAUCAUUUUUACACCUGACAGUAUUACAGAACCAAUGCUUUGGCUGAGGGUGUAACUGGAGAAAGUGUUCAUCAUAUUUCUUUAACUUGAUGUGGUGGAGCAUCCUCAUCCCUGAUUGAUAUGAGGAGACUGCCUUGCGACAGCAGGCAAAACCAAAAUGAAAUUGCACUGGCAUUCCAAACAACAUUUCUAUGUUUUAACUGGAAGCUCCUUUUGCCAGAGGUGUCUUACACAGCAUUGUGGUUAAGAAAUCACUAUUAAAUUCACAUUUCCCCCAUCAACUCACAUGACCUUCAUUUCAAUGUCGAGUAGCAAGCAAAGUCGAUUAAACAAAGUGUCUAGUGCAUGAACUUAAGAUAUUGCGUGAUGUGUGGGUGCAUUGCUUAGAGCCCACCCAUGUUUGUGCAAUGUGCAUAGGAUCUAAAUGGUAUUAAAUUGGCAAAAUGAUGAUUUUUUGAAUGGUGUUAUUUAAUGAGCUUUAGUUCAUUUACACUUGUUGGCCUGACUUUGCUCUUAACCCGUCACUGAAAUUAGGACCAACAAUGUUAUUUGUCACACACACACACACACACGUGCACUUGUGCUUACACGAUACCCCCGAUAGGUGUCAGUGGGAGGCGCUAGUGGGUUACUGUAACGUAGAUUACUGACACUCCUCUAACGUUGAUCUUGACUUCAUGACAUCUGUUUGUGUCGUGCCAGUGAAAAGAAAACAUGGACUGUACUGUGCUCCUCUUUCUGUCUGUCUCUGCGUCUGUCUAGCUAAUGUUUGGGGACUGGUGUUGGGGUGCGAUGCCAUUUUUGUCCCGAUACACUCUUUUCUUUUUUCUUUUUUUUUUUUUUAAAUAUAUUUUGUUUUUCUAAAUUGUCACAACUGCUUUUACUCUAAAAGUGUUUUAACAGUGCUGAGGAAUUACACAUUGUGGAUGAUGGCACACCUGAAAAAGCCACUGCUGUUUGCUGAUUGAUCAAAUUGUUACUAUGCAACCCUAACCACCUCGUAAUGAUGAGCUCAUGGGUGUCACCUGGGAUACUUGAGCUGAUGUUGUGGCUUAAGCAGAGAGCGGUUUCAGUCAUCAUGAAAUGCCAACCAAACAUUCAGCUUAGUCCCCUCUUGGCGGAAAGGGGCUGUAGCCUGCGGCACAAAGAGCAAUGCAUACCAUUUAAAUGCCAAGAGGAAAAGAUUUGGUGUAUAGGACAGAAAGACUGAACUGCUCCUUUAGCUUGUUGAAGUUGGAAUGCAAAUGAAAUGUCAUGGACACAAAAGCACACACACGAAAAGCACUGUCAUGUGCAAGACAGGAAAUGCAUCAUCUCUUAAUGCACAUCCGGCAUAUGGAGGAGUUGAAUCGGGCGCCUUUAAAAUUAGGGCCGUUACAUUUCUUUGAAUUUGCCAUUUCAAUAUAUGUAAUUGUUUUCUUUUUUUAGCAUUUGGCACGUCUUCCACUCCAGCCUCCCAUGUAUUUGUGUAUGUGCUCUCUCUGUUUUUGAGUUUACAUGCAGUACAUCAGUGUCAGAAAAAAUGGUAGAUUAAGAAUCAUUCCUUAACUGCAGAAGAUAAUCUACACAUGACGUAUUUAAUGAAUAAUUAUGAUAAUGAAGAACAGUUGUGAUGAAAUAAUAAUAAUAAUAAUAAUAAUAAUAAAACAUAAUUAUAUUAAACUGA